AUGGCUUCAUUGUUGGGGGAUACUGGGAGCAACGUCAGUCACGCGGGGCAGAAUCUCACUCAACUCACCCCCACACAAGAGUUCCUCCAGUUCCGAUUUCUCGCCUUUCUUCUUGUCCAUCAUCUCGAGACGCGAACGACCAACGCAAAGCAAACAAAUUUGACAGCAGCGCAAGUACACAAACUUGCUGCGCUCCCGUCGCCCAAGAUGCCUCCCACCAAGAAAAACCUCAAAGCUACGAAAAAGUUCGAGAAGAACCAUCUAACCAAGACCCUCGACAAGCGGAAGCAAGGCGUCAAGGUCAAGCAACGCCUCCAAAUCAAAGCGAAGAAGCAGUCGAAACGGGCCAAGGAUGCUGCCUUUUACAAGGGCGAGCAAGAGGACAAUGCGUCCAAGGAUACGACCAAGAAGGACGCCAAGGUCAGCCAAAUGAGCGUCGACGACUUUUUCAAAGGCGGAUUCGAGAUGAUCGGCAAGGGGAAUGCAAAGUCCAAGGGCCAGGCGACACAAGCACAGCAGGCGAAAAAGUCCGGCAAACUGGGCAAACGGAAACGAGAUGCGCCAGCUUCCGACCAUGAAGACGCCGCCGAGGACUCUGCCGACGACGACAGCAUGUCGGAUAUGUCGGUGGAGGAACAACUCGUCCCGAGCGACAGCGACGAAGACGACGACGACGAUGCCGGUAGCGAUGCCGAUGACGACGCCGGCAUGAGCAAGAAGGCCAUGCAAGAGCUCGCCGAGAAAGACCCCGCCUUCUUCAAGUUCCUCAGGGAGCACGACCCCGAAGCUCUCGACUUUGACGAGAACGCCGAUCUGGCCGAGGUCGACGCACUCAGCGGUGGCAGCGACGACGAAGCCUCCUCAGACGACGACGACGACGACGACGAGCAACCCAAGAAGAAGCGAAAGAAGGAAAACGCCAAAAAGAAACAAAAAGUCGACGAAAGUGCCGCCCCCGAUAACGAACUCACCAGGAAAAUGGUGGCCAAGUGGAAGGCGUCCAUGGAGGAAAAGAAGUCGCUGCGCGCAGCGAGACAGGUCGUCCUGGCCUUCCGGUGCGCCGCUCACCUGAACGAGGACGACCCCGAGAACGCCACGAGCGCUCGCUACACCAUCAACAGCCCCCAGGUCUUCCACGACAUCCUCAUCACCGCGCUGAAUCUCGUCCCCGAAGUCAUCGCCAGCCACCUGCCCGCCAAGCAGUCCGCCUCGGGCAAGGUCUACGUCUCGACCGACACCAAGAAGUUCCAGACCCUGUCCAUCAUGAUCAAGACCUACACCGCCACCGUCAUCCACCUGCUCGGCACCCUCUCGGACGACGCCACCCUCAAGCUCACCAUCAGCUCCCUGGAGCCCCUCCUCCCCUUCCUGCUCUCGUUCCGCAAGCUGCUCAAGGUCCUCGUCAAGACCGUCGUCAGCUACUGGGCCCGCCCCGCCAGCUCCGAGACCACCAAGAUCACCGCCUUCCUCGUCCUCCGCCGGCUUAUCGUCAUCGGCGACGCCGGCCUCCGCGAGACCACCCUCAAGGCCAUCUACCAGGGCUUCGUCCAGAGCGCCCGCGUCACCAACCACAACACCCUACCGGGCAUCAACCUGAUGAAGAACUCGGCCGCCGAGCUCUGGGGCAUGGACCAGGGCGUCGGCUACACCACCGCCUUCACCUUCAUCCGCCAGCUGGCCAUCCACCUCCGCAACAGCAUCGUCCACAACAAGGACGCCGCCUUCCGCAUCGUCUACAACUGGCAGUACACCCACUCGCUCGACUUUUGGUCCACCGUCCUCGCGGAGCACUGCAGCGCCGCCCGCAUCGCCGAGGCCGGCAAGGAAUCCCAGCUCAAGCUGCUCAUCUACCCGCUGGUCCAGGUCACCCUCGGCGCCGCCCGCCUCAUCCCCACCGCCACCUACUUCCCGCUCCGCUUCCACCUGCUCCGCGCCCUCCUCCGCCUCUCCCGCGCCACCGGCACCUACAUCCCCCUCGCGCCCCUGCUCCUCGAGGUCCUCGAUUCGGCCGAGCUCCGCCGCGCCCCGAAACCCGCCUCCCUCAAGCCCCUCGACUUCCGCGCCGCCUACAAGGCCCCCAAGGCCUACCUCCGCACCCGCGUCUACCAGGACGGCGUGGGCGAGCAGGUCGCCGAGCUGCUGGCCGAGUUCUUCGCCGUGUGGUGCAAGAACAUCGCCUUCCCCGAGAUGGCCCUCCCCGUCACCAUCCUCCUCAAGCGGUGGUUGAAGCGCGUGCGACGGGGCGAGACUCGCGGGCCCCCGUCUAAGAACGAUGGCAAAGGAAAAGGAAGGGGCAAGGGCAAGGGCAAGGGCAAGGGCAAGAGUGAUAAGAGCGGCGGCGGCAACCGCAACGCCAAGGUGUCGGGCGCCAUCGUCCUGGUGGUGCAGAAGCUCGAGGCCAACGCGGCCUUCAUCGAGGAGAAGCGGUCCAAGGUCGACUUUGCGCCCAAAGAUCGCACCCAGGUGGAGGCUUUUCUGCGGGACUUUGACUGGGAGAAGACGCCGCUGGGUGCCUAUGUCGUGGCGCAGCGCAAGUUGCGCGCCGAGAAGCUCAAGAUGAUGGAGGACGCUAGGAGAGAGGAUGACCGGCGGAGACGUGAGGAGGAAGGCGGGGAUAUCGAGUUUCAGGACGAAGAAGACGACGCAGGAGAAGAGAUAAACGGAGCAGAAGAGGACGAGGAGGAGGAUGACGACGGGUUCGAUGACGACGAGCUCGAGGACAACGAUGACGAUGACGACGAGGCGGAGGAUGGGGCUGAGGAGACAGACGAGGAGAGCGACUAG